UUUCUUCCUCGUGUUUGGUUGGCAAAAGAUCCUUUUGGAUAUAUGGCAAGUCCUCUUGCCAUUGCAACAUGGGUUGCUGUGUUUCCCGUGAUUGUGGCUUUCAUUGUCCAAUACUUUGAUGAGAGUAUGAACAAGACUUACAUGGGUGUUGACGGAUUUGUCUAUGUCUACCCAUUACGUUUCGUUCGUGCUAAUUUAUCCGUACAAAUAUGUUUUACUCCCAUUAAAAGUUCAUUGUUUAAGAUGUCUAAACUUUUGAGGAAAGGUCUCAAAAUAGGCACUACGAUAUUAUUCACAUUCCUCACUGUUGCUGCGUGGAUUCAUAUUAUAACUUAUAAACAAUAUGAAAAAGAUAUGUCUAAUAAUCUAUCUGAUGUAAAAAAACUCGAUAGUAAUAAAAAUAAUACGAUAAAUUAUCUUGAUGCAAUUUGGUUCACAGUAGUCGUUCUAUAUAUUAUGGUAAUGGGCGCUAUAUUUAUACCAACACAUUUAACUGAACUUAUUAACUUGAUUCAGCAAAGAUCAAAAUAUGACCAUUCAUUUAAAUAUGAAAAGAAUUUAGAACAUAUAAUAGUCACUGGAAAUUUUGAUGCAAUGAGUUUAUUUGAAUUUUUACGUGAAUUCUUUUGUCAAGAUCAUGGAAUGACCACAAUGAAUACUAUUGUUUUGGUUCUGAAUCCGGAAGAG